AAUGAACUUGCUCAACGUUGCUCUCUAAAAUAAAACACUACGAAGUACUAUAUAAACCAAAUUGAAAUAACCUACUAUAUAAAUAAAUACUUAUUCUACUACGUAUUUAAAUGGCGUUAUGUAUAUACAUACAAGUUGAUAAGAGUGACAUUUAAAAAUUAUUAAACAAAUGAUUUAUUAUCUCAGUUCCAAUAGUACUAUUAUGUGGUCAUUUUGGAAUAACAAAAUAAGACUUACAUCAGAAACUCUUAAUAUAGUGACUUUAAUGUUGCUGUUGCUACCCGUUGUCUCUCCUGGAGCAAAUGACAUUCACUUUUAUGAUGGAUCAUCAACUGCAGAUGUGAUCUCUGGAGAUGCUUUCUUUGAAAUAUUAGAUCCACCAGAGCUAAGAUAUACAUACCGAAUUAGACCUGCGAAGGAUUUUGGCACCACCUUUAAUGAAAGCUUUAAAUUAGAGAAAGCUAGAUUAGUACCAACAGUACCUAUUCAUAGUUGUUCUAGUCUUAUGAAUCAUAAAGAUGUGAUGGGACAAAUUGCUCUAGCUGAGAGAGGGCAUUGUUCAUUUGUUUAUAAGACUGCACAAGCUCAAAAAGCCGGUGCCAGAGCAAUUAUAAUAACAGAAGCAAUGAAUAGAUGGGAUGAUCCUGUAGAUCACUUGAUAGAAAUGGUUGAUGACAAGAUGGACAUUGAUGUGAAUAUACCAGCGGCAUUCCUACUGGGUCGGAAUGGAGGUACAAUUUUAAAAACAUUGCAAGAUUUGCGAAGGAACUACGCGCUAGUGAACAUACCAGUUAAUUUAACUUAUGUACCGUUGAAUAAAAUCAAUCAACCACCGUGGAUCACAUGGUGAAAACGUUACUUUAUUGUUAUAGGUA